AUGAGUGUCCAUCUUGUCUUGCAGUCCGCAUCGCUCUUGGAAAUAAACAAUAUGACUAAUUUCACUACAAUAAGUGGGUUUCUUCUCAUGAGUUUUUCUGGCAAUCCUGAGAUAGAAAUCUUAUAUGCUUCUUUGUUUUUAGUCUUAUACUUAGUGGCUUUAAUUGGCAAUGUUCUCAUUAUCACUGCAACUUCCAUGGACAAUAGUCUCUACUCACCUAUGUAUUUCUUCCUGAAACAUCUCUCCUUUUUGGAUCUGUGCUAUAUUUCUGUGACUGUCCCAAGAUCCAUUUGCAACUCCUUCUUGAAUAGUGGCAAUAUUUCCUUCUGGGACUGUAUACUGCAGUGUUUUGCAUUCACUGUCUGUGGUUCAGCUGAGAUGGCCAUGCUCACAGUGAUGUCUUAUGACCGCUACGUGGCCAUCUGCCUUCCACUGCAUUAUGAAAUCAUCAUGGAUGUCAGCGCCUGUGUUCACGGGGUCGUAGCGGUCUGGAUCAGUGGAGUCAUCUCUGGAGUCAUGCAUACAGCUGCUACUUUCUCCAUCCACUUCUGUGGUGCCAAUAUCAUUCACCAGUUCUUCUGUGAUGUCCCCCAGCUCCUGAAACUCUCUUGUUCCAAUGACUACAUCAGUGAGCUUGGGGUUGCUGGCUUCCUGUCCUUGGUGGCCUUUCUUUGUUUCCUCUCUAUUGGUCUCUCCUACACACACAUAUUCUUUACCGUGCUGAGGAUCCCAUCUGGUGAGGGUAGAGACAAAGCCUUUUCUACUUGCUUGCCCCACUUAUGUGUUGUCAUAUUAUUUAUCUCUACUGGAGUUUUUGAGUUUCUAAAGCCACCUUCUGACUCUCCGACUGCACUAGACUUUUUGCUAACUGUUCUUUACACUGUUGUGCCCUCAACACUCAAUCCGAUGAUCUAUAGCUUGAGGAAUAAAGCCAUAAAGGUAGCUCUAAGAAAGGUUUUUAAAGGAAGAAAAUCCUGCCUGUUUUGCUGAAACAAGUCUAUUAAUUCCUGGUUGGGAGACAAAUUCAAAAUACAUUAGAAAAACCUAACAAAGUCAAUCAAGACAUUAAAGCAAAUAAAGAACUCUUAACAGGGAAAGUUAUUAUAUAAAUGAACUGUCACUGAGCAAUAAAAACAUUAAAACAUAGAAUUACA